AGGCCGCACCCAAUUCCGUUUGCUUCCUCACUGAAGCUGAUUUGACCGUGAUGAAACGGUGUUCUAACGCAGCGUUGAGGUGGGCGAUGCGCCGUUUGAGCGCGCCUUGCUGCUUCGCACAAUUAGGCGGCAGCAGUUGUCUUCAGCGCAGCAGUACAUCGUGGACGGCACCGUCGGUCUGCGUUCAACGACGCGGGCUCGCCGACUCACGCGAUCCACCGCGAAACCCAGAUUCUGAGAACACUGCGUCGCAGGCGUCGGCCAAGCGCCGCGAGCCGCUUCUGGGUGUGGUGCAGGUGACCUCCAAGAACAUCAACACGGAAAUGGAGUCGAAGGUGCCGCUGUUUCUCUACUUUAUGGUGACCAACCACCCAGAGGUGCGGCAAUACACGGAGCUUCUCACGCAUCAAGUCGACCAGGCAAACUGCCGCUUGAAAAGUGAAAAGUUUGGCGAGCUGUACCAGGAGUUCGGCAAAGACGCCGGCCUCGCCAUCAAACUCGGUAUGGUGGAUUGCUUGCAAGAGCCCGGUCUCAUGACUAAAUUUUACAUUGACCCCCACAUGUUUCCCAUCAUCUACUUUGUGCGCAACAAAGUGUUUUGCGACAAACUCGUCGGCAUCGUUGCCGAGUCGCAGGUGAAGGAUGCGGUGGAGGCCUUCAUCGACUACGCCAAGGCCGAGUCGAAGAACGAGGCGGAGGGGAACACGCUGCUCCAGAAGAUAAAGCGCCAAGACAAUGACGACGAGAACGCCAUGACGCUCAUCGCCACUGCGCACACGAAGAUGAAGUCAAAAGAUGUGAACAAAGCCAAAGAACUCUACGCAAAGGCGCUUCGAAUGUCCACCGACGACAUCGAGGUGGUCAACAGGCGGCACAAUGCAGUCAACAAGAAAAUGACGCCUCAACUGUGGGCGUCGCUGAAGCGCGAGCCAUGCUACAACACCGCUCCUGAAGCACUCUGCGGCCUUGCGAUGUGUGCGAUGGCAUCGAAUAAUAUGGAGGAGUCCCUGCAGCUCGUGAAGCGUCUCCGCAGUGAAUUCCCGUACGCCGUGAAGGACAUGCGCAGUGUUGCGGAGGCCGUGGUGCGUAUCGAAUUGAUGGACAUCGUUGACUUUGAUGCCGAGAAGGACAACUACAUGAGCCUGCUCAAGUACGACGAGCUCAUCAGCGACUCCGUGCAGUUCUACAAACACCACCUCAAAAAGGCGGUCGCCUUCUACGUGGAGAACCUCUCGGGGCUGGCGAUUGAGGAGUGUAUUCGGCUCAUCCGUGCGGAGCCGAAGCUGUUGCCGGCGUUGAAGGAGGCUGGCGUCGUCCCGAAGGACCUCCACCUCGGACCCACCGCCGUCACACCUGCUCGCCAGGUUGUUCAUCUCUUCUUCGAAGCGCUCGGGCCGACGGAUGAGCAGGUGGAAAAGGGACGCAAGGUACUCCAACCCUACUUGUAA